AUGUCUUUAGAAAUUCGUUUUGCCACAAAAGACGACAUAAAUGUAUUGAUUUCUAUAUAUACAAUAGCUCGUAACUAUAUGAUAACCCAUGGUAACCCAACACAAUGGGGUGAUGUGUAUCCAACAAUUGAACAGAUUACAAUUGACAUUGAAAAGAACGGAUUAUAUGUGUGCACUUCAAACAAUAUCAUUUCUGCUGUUUUUGCUUGUUUUCCUGGACCGGACCAGACUUAUGGUGAAAUAGAAGGUAAUUGGACUAACAACUUGGAGUAUCACGUCAUUCAUCGAAUUGCUUCAAACAACACGGUUAAAGAUAUAGGAAAGUAUUGUAUACAGUGGUGUCUUAAUAAGUUUAAAAACAUAAGAAUUGAUACACACAAAGACAACAAGAAAAUGUUACUUUUGAUGAAUCAAAUGAAAUUCACGUAUUGUGGGAUUGUGCACGUAAGAAAUUCCGAAAGGGUGGCGUUUCAGAAAUUAAUUGAUUGA